AUGGCCAUUACCAACGGAACUAAUGGUCCACAUGGGAACGCGAAAGACGUGAGAUUUAGGGAUCCGGCUGUUUACGCCGGGUAUGAAAAGCAAUGGUCGUCCGUUCCGGAAGAUGAAGCAGGUUGGCUCCAGCGUGCGCAAGAGGUUGCAGACGUUCUUGCCACUGAUGCCGUCGUGCGAGACCAAGAGAACAAAUCUCCGCGAGCGGAAGUAGCUCUACUGAAGAACUCUGGGCUUCUCAAGAUCCUUGGUCCAAAGCAGUAUGGUGGCGGUGGUCAGCAAUGGAGUGUUGCCUACAGAGCCAUUCGGAAGGUAGCUGAAACAGAUGGUUCAAUCGGCAUGCUGCUCGGCUACCACCUGCUAUGGUCGACCACGGCGAACAUUGUCGGUUUACCUGAACAAGCCGACCGCUUCCAGAAGCUCAUAACCGAGAACAAUUAUUUCAUUGGAGGCGCUGUGAACCCCAGGGACAGCGACUUGUCGAUCAAAUCGGAUGGGGCAAACAUUGUGUUCAACGGGUUCAAGUUUUUCAAUACUGGUGGUGUUGUCUCCGACCUUACCGUUCUUGAGGGUGUCUAUGAAGACACAGGCAACCAUAUCUUCGCUUUCGCGAAGACCGAUCAACCCGGCAUUCAAUUCGGACAUGAUUGGAACAAUAUCGGUCUUCGUUUGACCGAGUCUGGUAGCGUGAAGAUUUCCGAUGUGAGCGUGCCUUGGACGGAUGCGCUCGGCUGGAACGCAGAGACAAAAGAACCGGACCCACGCGCGCUGCAGAUACCCUUUGCGACGCUGCUACUCCCAACUAUCCAGCUUGUCUUCAGCAACUUUUACCUCGGUAUCGCGUUAGGCGCACAACAGUAUGCAGCAAGUUAUACGGUGAAGGGGACCCGGGCAUGGCCAUUUGGCGGUGAUAACAAAGAGAGGGCGACAGAUGAGUUUUAUAUCCUCGAACGGUAUGGAAACUUCCACGCUCACCUUCGUGCCGCGUCGGCCCUAGCAGACCGGGUGGGCCAAGAAGUUGACGCGAUCUUGGGCAAGUAUGCAGGUGACCUGGACACCCGUGGGAAGCUCACGGCACGGGAUCGAGGCGAGCUAGCAGAGUGGGUGGCAAGUGUCAAAGUCGUCGCAACGGAUACUAGCCUACGGGUCACAUCUGGAGUAUUCGAAGUCACAGGUGCGAAGGCGACAAGCCAGAAAGUAGGCUUAGAUCGGUUCUGGAGGGACGUCAGGACGCACACGCUGCAUGAUCCAGUCGCGUACAAGAAUCGGGAGCUAGGGAGGUUUGAAUUGCUGGACGAAAUCCCUGAGGCUACAUGGUAUACGUAG